UGCCGACCUAGUUGAGACAGACUCAAUGGAUUACCGAUUAACAGAUCAGAAGCCGAAAGUUCAAUGCGGUUUAAUUUUGUUCAGUAAUUGUGCCUUGUUGUUUUCAACAGUCGCUGUUUUUUUAAAGCGCGAUGGAUACCGACUUGUCUUUCUGCUCUCGUCGGUCUCCUGUGGUGUGUUUACACGGCUGCGCGGCGUCCAGCCAGCCGAUAGCCUCCAGUUUAGGACUCGACAUCCUUAAGCGUGGUGGCAAUGCAGCAGAUGCUGCGGUUGCGAUAGCAGCAGCACUGGCGGUAACAGAGCCAUGCAGCACUGGACCUGGUGGAGACGCCUUCUGCUUGUUCUACAACGGAGAAACCGGAGAGAUCACAGGAAUUAACGGCAGUGGUCGUUUGCCCAGGGCGCAGACCUUGGACUUCGGAAGGACUGGUUACACUGCGGGGGCUCCUCCUUCACCUUCUGAUGCCCUGAAUGUCACAGUACCAGGGGCCCCUGCAUGCUGGUGCGAUACCGUGCAGCUAUUUGGAAGUCACAAGCUGUCCUUGCAGGAGGUGCUGAGCGGGGCAUCAGAGCUUGCAGAGGUGGGGUUUCCUGUUGCCGAGGUAACAGCUCACCACUGGGCGAAAUGGGUGGCUGCUCUGAGAGAUGAUGGGAAGGAACUAGGCGGAGACCUGCUAAUUGAUGGUCAUGCUCCUAAAUGUGGUCAAGUAUUCAGAAACCCUAACCUGGCCCAGACCCUGAAGGUAAAUCUUUAAACUAAAACAAGCAAAAAACACAUGUUAAGGGUCAUAUGAGGAGCAUGAAAGGUCCCCUAUUAUACUGUUUUUCAUCAAUAUAUUAUAGGUCUCAGAUAUAUACAAAACAUGUCUCUGAAGUGUUUGGCUCCAAACACCAAAUAGAUCAUUGUAGCAUCCCAUA